CCCGAACUUCUAAAAAUGCAGAAAAUUCCAUACUCUCGCAACUCUCGCAAUACAGUCAAACAUUUCCGACCCGGCAAUGGUUGUACAUUGCCACCUUGCAGCCGUGCGUUCCCGAUCGUUAUCAUAGCUUUAUUGUUCCACCCAGUGCAGUUUAUCAGUGCAUCCACCGCAACCCAUCAGUAUUCUGCAACAAUGGCCCAGACUGUCGAUGCCCAGUUUGUCCGCAAAACCAACGAUUUUGCCUUGGAUCUGUACAAGCAAAUAAUCUCGAACGAGAAGAAAAAUGUCGUCAUUUCGCCAUUUUCCAUCAGCACCUGUUUGUCGCUGGCCGCCAUGGGUGCCGGUGGCCUAACGGCAGAGGAAAUGUUCCGCGGGCUGAAGUACGACCCGGCCCAAAAGUCGGCGAUCGCGGAGAGCUACGGCAAUGUCAUGACAAAUCUAGACGGCAAUAAGAGCCUCAAAAUUGCCAACAAAAUGUACAUUAUGGAAAAGUAUUCGGUGAAGGCAAACUUCCACGAGAUCGCCCAGAAAGGUUUCCGCUCGGAGGCCGAGUCCGUAAACUUCUCGGACAGCACGGCGGCAGCCAAGAAAAUCAACACCUGGGUCGAGCAGAAGACCAACGACAAAAUCAAGGAUCUGAUCUCACCUGAUUCACUGGACGAUAUGACGCGUUUGGUGCUGGUCAAUGCAAUUCAUUUCAAGGGCACAUGGACGCAUCAGUUCAACCCGGCAAGCACCAGACCGAUGCCGUUCUGGAUCAGUGAGACAGACUCCGUGGAUGUUCCCAUGAUGAACACCAAAAAACACUUCAAGCACGGCGUUUUCGAUGAUCUUGGUCUUGCUGCACUGGAGAUGACCUACAACGAUAGUGACGUGAGCAUGCUCAUCCUACUACCACAUGAACGCACCGGUCUGACCAAGCUGGAAGAAAACCUGCAAAACAUCGAUAUUUCAGACAUGCUUACCAAGAUGUACAGCCAGGAGGUGGAAGUAUUUUUGCCCAAGUUCAAGAUUGAAUUUGAUUUGGAUCUCAAGGAAACCCUGGAGAAGCUCGGAAUGGGCACUAUGUUCAGUGACAGCGCUGACUUCAGCGAACUGCUGGAGCAGCACGAUCCGCUGAAGGUUUCCAAGGUUGUGCACAAGGCAUUUAUCGAAGUCAAUGAAGAAGGCGCGGAAGCAGCUGCAGCUACGGGUAUGAUUAUGAUGACGAGAUGCAUGAUUAUUCAUCCGUACUUCACCGUCGACCAUCCCUUCCUGUAUAUCCUGAAGCAAAACGACCAGAUGUUUUUCAUUGGCCGGAUGAACCAAAUCUAAACAAACAAUUUAAGUGCCUAGCAGAUUUGUGAUUCUGGAUGUUGUUCAAACGCACCGUGUAGACUAGUGAAUGUUAGCAAUAAAAAAAACUCAGAUGGUAUAUUAAUUGUUAUACUUUGUUGGAUAAAAAUCAAUAAAUGUUGCAAUCCACAAUUGAAAAUUGUUGAA